AAAACAAAAUAAUAACUCAACUUUAAGUAAUACAGAAACAGACUCCAAAAAUUUAAGCAAUCCAAAAUCAGGGCAUCCACUAACAGGAGUUUGGAAAUGUUUUGAAAGAGGUGCACCCAAAGGCGAUGGUCAUUGGGAAGGAACCUCCAACUAUUUUGGAGCACAUCUUGCUAAUAGCUAUAAAAAUAUUUCUGAGAAAUGGAAACGCCAUUUUAAUUAUAUUUUAGUCAACAAUUUGGAAGAUAUUCCAACUGAUGAACCUCUUUAUGACAUGCCAAAUACUACUUCAUUUUUAGUUAAACAAAAAAAAGCAAAAUUAACUAAUUGGUUUGAUUCUGUCAGAAUUGAGCCAUCUAAACAAUCAAUAAUUGAUGAAGCUAUUGCAUUAGCCUUUAUUAUGUGUGGUUUUUCUUUUUGUGUAAUUGAUAAUCCUUUUUUUGUAAAUGCUCUAAAACUUCUUAAUCCCGGUUAUAAAGUUUUAUCACGUGAAAUUCUUUCUGGACAUCUAUUAGAUAUUGAAGUUGCAAAAGUUAUUAAUAAAAUUAAUAAAAUUUUAGAUCAUACUACUAAUCUUACUAUUGAGGAUAUUCAGGAAAAUCAUUCUGAAAUUCUUAAUCCUGUUAUUUUGACGAUUCUCCAUAGUCGAGGCUUUUUUAGUGAUAUGCAAUAUCUUUCAGAGAUUUUACUUCUAAUUAAGGAUACUAUUUUGUCAGUUGAAGCAAAUCAUUCUACACUUGCUAACUAUUAUAUUAAUUUGAUGAGAAUUGCUGCGGCAAUACAAAAUCUUCCUACUGAUAAAUAUAAAGGAUUUCGCAAUUAUUGUAUUAGAAAGUUUGAUCAACGGUUUGAAGAAUUUAAUGAUCCUGCUUAUCAACUUAUAUAUUUUCUUCACCCAGCAUACAAAGGUAUUGGAUUAAAAUUUGGUACAUUUCCUUUCAUUGCAAGUUAUGCUGGAAAGUUAUGGCAACAAAUGGGCAAAUCUCAAGAAAGUUGUGAAGCUUUAAUUAUACAACUGUGUUUUUAUAAAGAGCAAAAACAAAAUAUAAAUGGAAAUCCAAAUCCUUAUGUUGCCCCUUAUACAAUUGGUAGUGAUAUGUCAUUGAUGUGGUGGAAUACUUAUAUAGAUCGAUUAGAAGGGUUGGCAAAAGUUUAUCGGUUCAAUUUAUCAAAUCCUAUAGAUCAACUUCAAGAAAGAUUAGUGGAAGAAGAAGACAUAGAAUUGUCUAAUUCUACUGAAGAUUUUUAUUCUAAUGAACUAGAUUUAAAUUUGAAUUUUUCAAAUUUUAUUGAUCUUCGUUCUUCAGUUUUUACAAACUCUGAAGAUCGUUAUGAAAAUGAGGUGUCAAAUGAAAUCGAGUCAGAUGAUGAUUUACAAGAAAAUGAAUAUGACGUAGAUAAAAUUGUUUCUAGACAGUUCAAUGAUUCAUAUUAG